AUGAGUGGCGAACUGAAAGGAAACACUGGAAGUAAUCAAGUCGUAGAACGGAAACCCCUGCAGUGGGAUCUACGCUCCAGCGUCGGAGACUGGGAUCCUAAAUGCACAAACGCAGGCCCAUGUCGCGUCGCGAGCUAUGGAACUCGGCAACCUCUAUCCGCCCUCACGUUCGACCUCUCAAUGCGCUUGGGUACAUGGGACUCAGACCUUGGGAAUCCUUGCCCACAGCUCGCGGGAGAGUGCGGCGGAACGUGGAUAGCCUCGGGUCGGAAAGGAGGACCAGUUGGGCGAGGCCCAAUCUUCACGUUGGAUCUGGCGCCUUGCGAUGAUGCUGCUGCUGCUGCCCCCUCUCCUACAUCUCCCACCCCGCCCAAGGUGAAGAUCGUGCCGAGUGUGUCGAAGAAGCUUGUGUUAGCGUACCGCGACAAGGAGUCGCUCUCGGAGGAGAUCAUUGAUCUGAAGCGGGCUGUGCAAGACCAGCAAAAGCAUAUCCGGCAUCAUAAGAUACAAGCCUCUAUUGUGGAGAUGGAGAAUAGAAAAAUGCAACGAGACAUUGAAGACAUGGAGAAACCCAAUUGUCAGUCCAGGUCUGCAAAACCACAAGGGACCGUGCGUCUACGGGCUAAAAUACAAGAUUUGAAGCAAAAAAUUGAAGGGUUGCAAUCAAAGGCUGAAGCGCAAAGCGAUGAGAUUAAUCGACUUCGAACGGACGCUCGCGUAACUCACACCAAGGAAGUAGAGUUCGAACGAGAUGUGUUCGCGGGAGAGAUAGCAAGAUUAACUUCGCUGGUGAAUCGUCUGAAGCAACUAUGCAACCAUGCUGCAAGCUUGGAGAAUAGGGACGACACUGACGCCAUGAAAGAGAAAGCGAAGAAACUUGAGGAUCAGAAUAGGAAGCUGGAGGAGGAAGAGGAGAAACUGAGACAAUUGUUGGCUAAAACGGAACACCUCCUGAGAGGGAGCCGUAUCAAAGCUGGUGAGGAUAUGAUGGCGGCUAGAAACGCAGAGAAGAAAUGCAAAGAUCUGGAGAAUAAGAAUAUAAGGGUAGCAGCCGCGAUUGAGAGGACCAAAAAGAGCAAUGCACUUCUUGCAAAGAGAUUGAAGAAGACCGAGAAGGCCUUCAGAAAAGCCAAGGGCAGCUUCUUUUGAAGCCUGUAUGGGCCAGGUUUGUUGACAUUUUGGGCCUGUACCAACUCUCCUGUAAUUGUUUAUACCACAACACAGUGGCAUAUUGGAAGUGGUUAAUUAAACCGUGACCAGUGAUUUGAACCCAUCUGGGGUCCAUCAACGUUGUGCGCUUCUCAUUUACUUCAAAGACAUGCCUUUACAACAACCCAUUCGUCGCUAUUUGCUACAAUAAAAUGAGCGUGUCAGUUUAUUUGUGCAUUUCUCCUGCUAAGUUGAGAAGACUUUUUUUUCAUUCAGCUUGAGAGCUGAUUUCCAACACCUCCUCAAGUACAAGAAAAUUUCGUAUUCCAGAAACUAGAAUUGCCUUGGAAUCACAAAGAAGCAGGUGGAAUGCUCACUGUAUAAGAACCCUGAAAAGGAGACUGAGAUUGAGUUUUCCAUGUUCAAAGAUAUAGCACCAAAUCGGUGGCGUUUUAGAAAAAAAUUCUGAACAAAGUAGUGUGACUGGAUUUUUUUUUUUGGUUUUCUACAGAAGUGUUAGUGGGCAGCAGAGUGGGGGAAAAAGCAAAGAAGGAUUUGAGAUUAAAAGAAGGAUGUGAGUGAAUUUGUACAUUAGCAACUGGGACGAGUUUGAUGUAGUAGAAGGUUUAAGAAGGGUAGAGACCAGGCAGCUUUAGCAACUGGUUUUCUCAUGUAUGUUUUUCUGUAUGCAUUUUAUUUAUUUAUUUUUGUCUUAGUU